AGUACUGGACCUGUGAGGUGUGCGGGCGGGUGGCUGCGAGAGGCUUUGGCUGACAUGGCUCCCAACGCGCCGGCAGCCGAACCCGAGUGUCCUAAAGGCAUCCGGGCUGUGCUGCUGGGGCCACCUGGGGCUGGCAAGGGUACGCAGGCCCCCAAAUUGGCAGAAAACUUCUGUGUCUGCCAUUUGGCCACUGGAGAUAUGCUGAGGGCCAUGGUGGCUUCUGGCUCAGAACUGGGAAAAAAGUUGAAAGCAACUAUGGAUGCUGGGAAACUGGUGAGUGAUGAAAUGGUAGUGGAGCUUAUUGAGAAGAAUUUGGAGACCCCGUCAUGCAAAAAUGGCUUUCUUCUGGACGGCUUCCCUCGGACUGUGAGACAGGCAGAAAUGCUUGAUGACCUCAUGGAGAAGAGGAAAGAGAAGCUUGAUUCUGUGAUUGAAUUCCGCAUUCCAGACUCCCUGCUAAUCCGGAGAAUCACUGGAAGGCUGAUUCACCCCAGAAGUGGCCGGUCCUACCAUGAGGAGUUCAAUCCCCCAAAGCAACCCAUGAAAGAUGAUAUCACUGGGGAACCCUUGAUCCGCCRAUCAGAUGAUAAUGAGAAGGCCUUGAAAAUACGCCUGGAAGCCUACCACUCCCAGACCACCCCACUUGUGGAGUACUACAGGAAGCGGGGGAUCCACUCUGCCAUCAAUGCAUCCCAGACCCCUGAUGUCGUAUUUGCAAGCAUCCUAGCAGCUUUCUCCAAAGCCACAUCCUAGUAAAGAAGGCCAGGCGAGACUGCACCACUGCUCAUCACCCCGCGGCAUGAUCCCUGCUCUUUGGUGCUGGGCAGAGGGGAARGGUGUCAGGGGAAGCAUGGAGAGGGAAAGACUAUUUGGAAGACCAGCAGUGUUGUAGUGAGUGGGGUUUUUUUUACAUGUAGGUGGGAGUUUUAAAAAUAUAAACAAUUAAUUUAAAAAAAAAUACUGUGAUUGAGGGUGUGGAUACAAAUAGGGUGAUACAGUAUUUCUAAGCAAUCGGGUUUUCAUUUACUCUGAACUGGUUUCAAUAUAUUUUAAAGCCAGUGUUCUUAGACCUCAGCUUUUAUCUCAGAACCUCAUGGGGUGCCAGGCCAAGAAUGCAGGAAAUCAAAMUGUGGUCCUGUGUGUUCUGUAGCUUAGAAGAGAGAGUGUUUGAUUGUUAACGCUGGUGCCCCACACCAUAAGAUCAAAAAAUCAUCUCUAUAGGCUAGGGAUGUACCUCAGCAAUAGAGCACUUGCCUAGCAUGUGCAAGGACCUGGUUCAAUCCCCAGCAUCAAUUUAAAAAAAAAA